UGUAAUUGUUCCUUUUCUUUUUACAGUCUGCGCCACGCGAAUUUGGUCCAUUAAUUGAUUGCUCUGCUCUCGCAGACGUUUGUCCAGGCAUUUCCAUAGGGUGCUCUUUGUGUGCUAUGUUCGCUCCGGGGACAUGUUCCACCACGUGCACAACAGGAGCUUUGUUUUGCGGGUCCACUGCAAUUGGUUGCAUGGAAGCAAAAAGACAAAAGAAAAAGGACAAAAUGGUGGCAAAGCAAAUCAUUCAAGGAGGAAUUUAAUGAAUCAUCUCAUUUAUGGCGAAUGUAUUUUCAUUUUUAGAGGUUCAAUAAAAACCUGUCAACCUGAAAUUCUAACCUUAUUGCCAAUAAAGGGCUUAUCUUUAAGCAAGAAAUUUCAUCCUGAACAGUGCUUGACAUGACGAACUGUGGGAGCCUGAUUUUAUUUUUGCUCAUUUUAUGCAUCACUUUUCUUUCUCAUCAAUUUGUGCCCAAAAACGAGGAGGACGCUAUUUUGAUUGGGGGAAUGUUAAACAGAGACAGUAACGGCCUCUGGUGGAGCCACUGCAUUCGAGGCCAGAGGCGACGGGUUCCGGUGGCUCUUCUUCAAUUCCGGAGGCCCCUCAAGCCACAACUUCUGGGUGGGCGGGGUGACCAAUCCUCUUGGCGGUAUACUCGCUUAAUUGGACUUGGUGUUAAUAAGUCGGCUUAUUCCAAGAAUAGAGUAAAAGUGACAAAACUAGAUUAUUCUCCAAAUUCUUUGGAUAUAAUUGACACAAAUGUGGACAGGAAUAGAAAAGGAAUUUUACCAGAAGAGGGCUACCAAAGGGAGAGGGACUUUUCAAACUCUCUCCCAAAGUUUUGCCAUGAAGGAGUUGAGUGUCAAUUGGUCAAUGGGACAUUGGUAACUUCAACAGAUGUCAAGUUUCAUUCGGCCUUCAGGAGAAACGCAUCAUUCCGGUAUAGCCCAAGACAUAAACGGUAUUUGGAGAAAGAAAGAGCAUCAUGUGAUAAUAUGAUUGUAAUUGAUGCAUUUGGUAAUAACUUAACUUUAUGCAUGCAAUUGCGAGAUUUCAAAGAUGAAGCAUUUUUAAGACAUGCAUGGGCACGUCUGAAUAUCUCGAUUUUUGGAACUAAUAAUGUUUCGAAUGAUGUUUCAAUUGAUCAAUUGAAUCUUCAAUUUGCCAUUGGCUAUGUUUUGGGGGAGACAUUUUCAAGCAUUUCUGGGUUUGUCAUUAACCGAAACUUUUAUGGUACAAUUUAUAUGAAAGAUGCCAUUCACUAUCUGGAACCGCAUGGAAGACAAUCACGGGAUAUGCAUAUUCUUGGAAAUGGUCUCUCCACAUUACUUCACAAACGACGACUUGACGAUCCUUUGAAUGGUUUGAAUCGUUCAAGAAAACGCCAAAACACUUCAAAAUCUAUGACAAGAAGAUGGUGUGACCUCACACUUGUGGCGGACCACCUUUUUUUUCAAGAAAUAGGAGAGGAAUCGGUGGAAAAUGCUAUCGUUCAAAUGUUGUGGCAUAUUCGAGAGGCAAAUGCUCUUUUUCAGUCUAAGGAUUUUGAUAACGAUGGGUUAAGCGAAUGCAUUGGGUUCUCGGUUUCCGAAAUCACCCUCUUCACACGGGCAGCAAGUCCAGUGAACCUUUUAACUGGUUAUUUUGGAAUGCCGGAGGACUUUUUAAAACGAUUUUCUCGGUAUAACUUUGAGGGCUUUUGUCUUGGAGUCCUCUUCACAAAUCGGGCUUUCGAAGAACUUGUUUUGGGUCUUUCUUGGCGUGGCAACCCAAAGGCAGAAGGAGUCGGGGGGAUCUGUCAGAGCCGGGUCCGAAUCAAAGCGGAAACAAAUGCUUACAGCUUCAAUGCCCUUUUCAUAAGCUUAAAAAGUUCGCAAGAAGACCGCAUUCCAUUGCGUAUGGGGGUUCUGAAUUUAGUUCAUGAGCUUAUGCAUAGCUUUGGUGCAAAACAUGAUCCUGAUCCCAAAGAUAGUUCAAAUUGUACGCCAAUUGACAAGUGGACGAAUGGACGUUUUCUCAUGUCCAAAUACUCCAACGAUGGCCACAAACUUAAUCAUGAGAUCAUCUCACCAUGUACGAAAAGCAUGGUUGUUCAAAAUCUAUCUUCUCCAAAGAGAACUUCAUGCCUUGUUGUGACUCAUGAUAGUUUCUGUGGCGACGGGAUUACACAAGGAUUCGAAGAAUGUGAUUGCGGAACUACCUUCCAAUGUAUUGCCUCUCAGGCGUGUUGCUACACUCCUGAUGACAUGAACAUAACACGCCCUUGUAAAAAAAGAAAGCUUGAAGACUGUCCAUCAUAAUCUGUAAUCAAAUUGCCAAAUGCACGAAACUGGAACGUGGAAGCCUGGGAGAUGGUGAUUCUAAAUGAGAACAAUUCUUUUGGUGUACCUGUCACCUCUAAGAGUAUGUAUUUUUAUUGCUUUUGGAAUAGGGGAUGCUAUUCUGCUCCCCAUUGAAACGUAAACAAUAACAAAUGCUGGCCCUGGCAAGAACCGAAGUACUGGCUUGUAAUCCAGUAAUUUAGGAAGCACCGCAGGGCAACCUGUGUGCUUCUUGUAUGAUGAAGCCUUUGCCGUUUGAUCCCUUUCUCAGAACAACUAUUGCAGAAAAUGAAUGAAGUACUUGAGUUUUGAAAUGGUUUGAUCUUGAACAUCUAUUUAGUAUUAUAUCUAAUGUAUUUGA